CACAAGGCCGUGAACUGGAGCCAGAACCAGUGAACCAAGGAGCAAACAAAGGGGGUUUUCAGGUUACUAACGCCCAAGCAGUUCACUGUCGCUAAGACCGGGAACAGAGGCCGCUGACUGUGAACCCGAGCAAAUAAAGCGUUGCGUUUUGGUCGCAGCACUGAGUUCAUGGACGUGUUUCAAUGUUCAUGGCCGUGAACUCAUGUUCUUGGGCAUUUCAUGCCUCCUAGGCUAGUUUAGAGAGGAAAACUCCUUACGUUAAGAGGCUCAAUUUGAGAUGGGUGUUCUUGGGCAUUUCAUGCCUCGUAGGCUAAUUUAGGGAGGAAACCUCCCAUACCCAAGAGGCUUGGUUUCCUUGGCCAUUCAACGCCUCCUAAACUUGUUUAGAGAGAACCCUCCUUAACCUAUGAGGCUCAUCUUGAGAUGGGUUUCGUUGGGCAUUCAAUGCGUCCUAAGUUAGUUUAAGAGAACCCUCCUUAACUUAAGAGGCUCUAUUAGAGAUGGGCUUCCUUGGGCAUUCUAUGCUUCCUAUUCUAGGUUAGUUAAAGGGAAAACCUCCUAAUUCACAUCAGCACUUAGGGUUUGGUUGUGGGUGGCCGUCCGAACUCCAAUUCGAGGGUGAAGUGUAACCAUUCCUUAGUUGAUAGGUUGAGAGGGACACAUUAGUGGCUUGGAUUGUAUCUCAUUCCUCAAACUAGAGGCUAAGAGGGUAGCUUCAGCUGCUUGUUUGACUUCCCUGCGGUUUAUGACCCCCUAACCAAACACGACCGUUCGAUUCUUCAAGUCAUAACUUUUAGCUAGGGGGAGCAACAACCGGAUGAAGAUUUCUCAACUUGAGUCAAUUCCAUUUUACCUUUACAAAGAAAUUUAGUUUUAGACCUUUGUUUUCACCACACCAAUCCGCUGGAUAAUGUUACAAACAGUCGAAGUAGCAGUACAUGGACCGGCCCGGGUCGAUAUUUAAACAUACUUGCCCUAUAUUGCACCCAUCUAAGGUUUAUACUUGGACCUUAGGUGGGAUUUUAUUGUGAUAGUCAGAGCGAGUCAACCUACCCCAUUUCUAGCCAAGUAUAACUCCAAAUGGCUUUGCUAGUAUAACGGCAAUAAAGGUCGUAUUCCACCACUGCUGUAGGAAAUGGCUUUGCCCGAGGCCGAAUUUCCAUCUCCAACACGAAGAAGGAUUCAAAGUAGUCCUUCUCCUACAAAGAAAACGACGAUGGGUCCACCCGUCAUUACCACCACCCGUACAUUUUUCAAGUCCUACAAGAACAAAGACUCAAAAAAUUCUAUAUCCGAAGAGGAAACAAGUGGCGGUACCACCCGCCACCCACCUGUCUCUCAUCUAUAAAAGAGAGGGCAGCCCCUCUUCUUUUUUCCUCACAUCGACUCACAAAGAUCAAGAGCAUCAAGACCCAAAAUUCGGUGAUCAACUUGGCAUCACUCUUUUUAAAGAAGACUUUCAAGGAAGGAGGAGUUGUGAAGACCCAUCCUUGUGAGAUGGUGGAGGAUAAAGAAGGAGCAUCAACGCAAGGAAGUGAGAGGGAGGUAGCCAUCCAAGAAGUAGAAAAUGAGAUGUGGAGGAAGCCGUUGGAGCUUGGUCAAGACCAUGCAAUUGAGAAAUAUCAAGCCAUGGAGGAAGACAAAGACGAUGACGCAACCAUGGGAAAGGAGCUGGCCAUCCAUAAAGAAGCCUCUCAACAUACCUCAAUUGUGCAUAAAUUGAUACAAGCUUUGAGAGGAAGAGAGAGUACCAUGACAUUGUUGGAGAGCAUUGCUACUAUGGAGAAGGGGAAGGUUAAGAAGACUCGCAUCAACUCAAAUGUCAUUUGACAUCAAAGACUCAUUCGAGUAUACGAAGAAAAGGAGGAUCCUAGUCAUGGCAUGAUCAAUUUUCUCCAAGAUGACCAUUAUCUAGAACAAGGAUUGGUGGACCUUGGUUCUAGUACCAACAUCCUACCACUUCCAUUUUAUAAAUAUAUGGGUCUAGCUGACAUGAUGGAGAUAGAAAUGGAGAUCAAUUUAGUAAACAACACUCCAUGUCAAACUCUUGGAGUAGUUCGAGGAAUAAGCACCCAGAUCAGGCCAUUUAUCUUCUUUCUAGACUAUGUGGUGAUCGACAUGGAGAUAGAGACCCCGUACUCCUCGAUCUUUGGUAGACCAUUUCUGGACACUUUCGAUGCCAUCAUCAAUGCAAUAAAACGAGAAAUCACAUUACAAGUAGGAGAGAUCAUGCAUCAAUUAGUGGGGUCUAUUGGAGAUGAAGGAACAAAAGAAGCCCAUAGAGUAUGAUAAUUUCGAGGAGAGCAAAGUAAGUAUUUCAAAUAUAAGUCAAGUGUAACC